UCAAAACCACGACAAGUGACUACGGGAUUUUCAUGUUACUUCAUGGUUCAGUGUGGCCAAGAUAAGCUGCUGCCAUCUGUGUACAUCUGCUUUCCUUCACAUCUGCCCCCUCAGCACACCCACAGGCUCUGGCUGUGUGACAGGGCACUCAUCCACAGCAUUAGACCAGUAGACGGUGCCAUUUGGUAGGGCAAGAGCCUUUGUUUAAUUAGGAAUGGCAACAGGCCAGAGUGGAACAAAUCUGUUCUAAGGAAAGACUUGCUGCUGCUGAAUCUCAUGCCGUUAGUGUCUGUCAUCUCCGGCAUCGCGCGAUGUGAGUCUCAGAGCAUGAAAGGUUCUCAGCCAGCAGUUGUGAGCCCAGCAGUUACAGCCAUGAGCAGCAGCCACCUGAAGUUCAUAAGCAGCAGUAAUGUGAAGAAAGAUCUGUUCAGCACAGACUCUGCCUGUGUGGUUGUGGCAAUUCCAGGACAGUAAGUUUACAUCCUGUAAAUUUGUCAGUGUUGUAGAGUUCCCAGCUGGCAGCAGUAUCUGCCCUGUAAUAGCCAUAUCUUGUUUUACACAGUUUAAUGAAAGAAAAAUAUGAAUUCGAGAAGUCUUACAAAUGUUAUUACUUCUCUGUGUUUGUGUCUCUGUAUAAACAUGGAAGGAGCAUCAAGAGUUGCUGAAUCAAGGUUAACUCUUUCUUUCUGAAUUGUAGACGCUUGCUGUCAGACCUGAGGAUGUAUAUGCCAUGAACCCACCUAAGUUUGACAGAAUUGAGGAUGUGGCCAUGUUGACCCAUCUGCAUGAACCUGCUGUCCUCUACAACCUCAAGGACCGCUACAGCUCCUGGAUGAUCUAUACCUACUCGGGUCUCUUCUGCGUCACUGUCAACCCCUACAAGUGGCUGCCGGUGUACAACCCGGAGGUGGUGUUGGCCUACCGAGGCAAGAAGCGCCAGGAGGCCCCUCCACACAUCUUCUCCAUCUCUGACAACGCCUAUCAGUUCAUGUUAAAUGAUCGUGAAAAUCAGUCUGUCCUAAUCACUGGAGAAUCCGGUGCAGGGAAGACAGUGAACACGAAGCGUGUCAUACAGUACUUUGCAACAAUUGCAGCAAGUGGGGACAUAGCCAAGAAGAAGGAGUCCUGGAUAAAGGGUACACUUGAGGAUCAAAUCAUCAGCGCUAACCCACUGCUGGAGGCCUUCGGGAAUGCCAAGACUGUGAGAAAUGACAACUCCUCGCGCUUUGGUAAAUUCAUUCGUAUUCAUUUUGGUACUUCUGGAAAACUGGCCUCUGGUGACAUUGAGACGUGUGAGUAA